GCCAGGUCGGGCCGGCCCGGCGGGUGGGGGGUGGUGGAGGACGGACGGGCGUGCGCUGCUCCCCCGCGCUGAGGGGAGCUCCGAGGGUGGCGAGGCGGGGCCAGGCACCGAGGCCCCAGCGGCGGCGAUCCCCCCCCUUCCUCCGGGAGCGGCGUGGAGCGAGGCGGCCCCUCGGCUCGGCUCGACACGGCACGGCUCGGCACGGCACAGCGGGGCGGGCGGAAAGCGGCGCGGCGGCGGUAGGACCCGGCGGCCGCUCCCCGCAGGAUGUGAGCGAGCGCCGCGGAGGCGCGUGUGGGACGAGCCCGGCCCCGGCUGCGGGAGCUCGGCCCGGCGGCGCGGGGGUAGGCGGCGGCUGCAGGGGGGCUGCGGAACGAGCAGAGGGGCGGCCUCCCACUCCCGGACGGAGGCAGGGCGGCGAGGCGGAGCGGUGGGGAAGGCGAGCCGGCAGCCGGAGCGGGCGUGUGAGCCCCAUGGGCCGAGCGCCUGCGAGAGGGGGAGGAGGAGCCGCCCCGCCGCCCGCCGCCCGGGGAUGGUGAGGAGGCGGCGGCUGCCGGGAGCCCAGUGAGGCCUUCGCUCGGCACCCGCCGGAGAGCCCGCCUCGCCAGCCUCCUCCUUCCCCCCGCUCGCUCGCUGGCUCGCUCCCCCCUUCCCUCCCCUUCCCCUGCCUCCCUCCCCGGCUCCCUUCCCCUGCCGCCGCCACCCUCCCAUCACCUCCUCCCCGAGCUCCAGCCAUAAACAGCUGAGAAGGACCAAGAAGGAGAAAAAAAAAAACACCAUCCCUUGUGUGGAGCCUUCUGCAGGAGUUCAAGAAUUUCAACAGAGUGAUCUUUUGCCAUAAACUGUUUUUCCAAGAGACAUUCCUGCCAUUAUGAAUGAAGUAGCAAUAGUGAAGGAAGGAUGGCUUCACAAACGAGGAGAAUACAUAAAAACAUGGAGGCCGCGGUAUUUCCUUCUGAAGAACGACGGCACGUUCAUUGGCUACAAGGAACGGCCGCAGGACGUCGACCAGCGGGAGUCGCCUCUAAAUAACUUCUCAGUGGCUCAGUGCCAGCUGAUGAAGACAGAACGACCUAAACCAAACACAUUUAUCAUUAGAUGCCUCCAGUGGACCACAGUAAUUGAAAGAACAUUUCAUGUGGAGACUCCAGAGGAGCGGGAAGAAUGGACAAAAGCCAUCCAAACAGUAGCAGACAGCCUCAAGAAACAGGAGGAAGAGAUGAUGGAUUUUAGAUCUGGCUCUCCCAGUGAUAAUUCAGGUGCUGAAGAAAUGGAAGUUUCUAUGACAAAGCCAAAACACAAAGUGACCAUGAAUGAGUUUGAAUACCUUAAACUACUGGGAAAAGGCACUUUUGGAAAGGUCAUUUUAGUCAAAGAAAAAGCAACUGGACGGUAUUACGCUAUGAAAAUCCUGAAGAAGGAAGUUAUUGUAGCAAAGGAUGAAGUAGCCCACACGCUGACAGAAAACCGCGUUCUGCAGAACUCACGGCAUCCGUUCCUAACAGCUUUAAAGUAUUCCUUUCAGACACACGACCGCCUGUGUUUUGUUAUGGAGUAUGCUAAUGGAGGGGAGUUGUUUUUCCACCUGUCCAGAGAGCGUGUCUUUUCUGAAGACCGGGCUCGGUUCUAUGGAGCUGAGAUCGUUUCAGCACUGGAUUACCUGCAUUCAGAGAAGAACGUGGUUUAUAGAGAUCUAAAGUUGGAAAACCUUAUGCUGGAUAAAGAUGGGCACAUCAAAAUAACAGACUUUGGGCUAUGUAAAGAAGGCAUCAAAGAUGGAGCAACAAUGAAGACUUUCUGUGGCACUCCAGAGUACCUUGCACCAGAGGUGCUGGAAGAUAAUGACUAUGGUCGUGCAGUGGACUGGUGGGGUUUAGGAGUUGUGAUGUAUGAAAUGAUGUGUGGCCGGCUCCCUUUCUACAAUCAGGACCAUGAAAAGCUCUUUGAACUCAUCCUUAUGGAGGAGAUUAGAUUUCCACGCACUUUGUCACCUGAAGCAAAGUCGCUCUUGUCAGGUUUGCUGAAGAAAGAUCCUAAGCAAAGGUUAGGUGGUGGUCCUGAUGAUGCCAAGGAGAUUAUGCAGCACAAAUUCUUUGCUGGAAUCGUUUGGCAAGAUGUAUACGAGAAAAAGCUUGUACCUCUGUUUAAACCACAAGUUACAUCUGAAACAGAUACGAGAUACUUUGAUGAAGAAUUUACAGCACAGAUGAUAACAAUCACUCCUCCUGACCAAGAUGACAGCAUGGAUUGUGUAGAUAACGAGAGAAGACCUCAUUUUCCUCAGUUCUCCUAUUCAGCCAGUGGAACCGCUUAAUGUUUCGCAACGUUUUGCCAUUCAGCAACAAAACAGACUGCAUUUUGGGGACCUUACUUCAAUGGACACUAGAGAACUUUCUAUAUGAUCUGAAUUACAAACUGUGUUUGUAUUACGAUUUAGAUGAAUUUGUAGGAAGCCUCACAGAUUCUGUAUUUAAAACGAUCCUUUGAUGCGUUUUUGAGAAGGAAAACAAAUCCAUUCUUAAAAGUAUUACAUCAAGGCUUUUGUGCUGAGUGAGUGACCAUAGGUUUUGAAGAGUUACACACCAAAACUGUUUACUUUAGAAAUAAUUAAGGUAUUCAACAUAUCAGCGACUCUGAGCAGAAAAAUCCCCUUCUUUUAUUUAUUUCAUACAGUUUCAUUAUCUAAAUAUAGAAUCUGCACUCUGAACAAUUAGAUUUAUAUAGGAAGAUAUAAGACUUUAGUAGCUAGUGCAAUAAUAUAAGCAACAAAGUGAACAAACUCUGGAGGGUUACGGUUCAAACUCAUUUUGGACAGCAGCGAAGCGUCAUCCGACUCCAGAAAACCAACUUAUAGGAACAGCAUUAAUGGCCUCAGUGAGGUAAAUCAAAGCAAAAGAAAAACAAAGCAGAAGUUAUUUUUGUUAUACCAUCUGCUCCAAGACAUUACAUCUCCAGCCAAAGCUGCUGGAGCAGCCACGCUCUCCACACGAGCGCUCCAUUCUAGGUUUCCUGAUCCCACCUGCAGAGAGCUUUAGGGAAUCCUUCCACGCUCCGUUCCCCCAGCUCAUGUCCCUCUCGUUUUCACCGCUGUAUGAAAAAGCCCCAGACAGAUUCUAAGUGAGAAAUCAGCUGAGUGAAUGAGUCAGACAGACAGAAGUGACCUUUUGGCACUGAAGGUAAUGAUUCCUUGCCGCUUGGGGUCGGUUGGUUGGUUUUGGUUUUCUUUUUCAAUGGAAAAGAUACAUGAACAUAUAUAAACACUUCAUGAUUUGGGUUUUUUUUUUUGCAUCAUGCCAGAUCAUUUCUUCUUCCUUGAGUGUGCAUUAAAAGGUAUCAGCCAACAGUUCAUGGUGCCUUCUCACUCUCGAAGAUUCACUUUAACAGUGUUUCCCGUGGAUAAGAGGAAAAAAAAAAACCCCUAGGUUGAAACUUCAUAUGUGUUUGAAUAAUAAUGGUGUUCAAAAAGUGAUUUCUUUCCUUUGUUUUGUUUGUUUUUCAUUUUUUUAAUCUUAGUGGAGAAUUCCCCACGCCCCACUUUUGUUGUAUCACGUUUCUUUGUAAUUUUCAUAAAGCAGUCUUUCUCUGUCUCAGCUGCCAAGGGAUUUAUUCCACUGUAGGUUGUGUUCUCUCCCUUUUUGUUUCUUCCUUGUUUUUUUUUUUUGUUGUUCUCUUAACUAUAUAAAAAAUGCUGACAUGUACUGCACUUAACCACCAUUGAAUUUCUUUCUUUGAAAGGGAGUUUAUGAUGCAAAGGCUCUCCUUCCCCUUUCCAUCAGGAGCUGCUGUGCUUGCACAGAGGGACCCACCAUCACCUUGCCUUUUCUUUAACGACAUUCAGCUCUAGUAUUUUUACUCAUGAUAUGAAAAGUUUCCCUCCAAAUACUUAAAUAAAAGGUUGCUUUAACAA